AUGGCUCAUUCUACGCUUGUUUCUGAAGGGUUUAACAGUUGGAAGAGAGUUAAUAAUGGAGAAAAAUGUGCAUUUCUUAUUCAUAUUGGUUCAUUGUCUUCAUCACAUAAUAGAUGUGUGAAAUGUGUUCAGGAUUUGAUGAAACCAAAACAAAAUAUUGACAAAGUGUUGAAUGCUCAAUCUACAGAAGAAAUUAUAAAGAAUAGGUUGCACCUAAAAUCAACAAUUGAAGGUUUAUUAUGGCUUGCAACUCAAGGAUGUUCUUUUAGAGGUCAUGAUGAAUCAGAGAGUUCCUUAAAUCGUGGAAAUUUUAUUGAAUUGUUGAAAUUUCAAGCACAUUUAAAUGAUGAAAUUGCAAAAGUUGUGUUACAUAAUGCCCCGCAAAAUGCUAAAUACACUUCUCCGCAAAUUCAAAAGGAAAUAUUACAUAUUCUUGCUCAUAAAGUGAGAAUAAUGAUUCGAGAUGAAUUGGGAGAUGCCAAGUUUUGUAUUCUUGUUGAUGAAGCUCAAGAUGAAUCUAAAAAAGAGCAAAUGUCCCUUAUUUUCAGAUUUGUUAAUAAUUCUGGAUUUUUGGUGGAACGUUUCUUUGAGAUUUUGAGUGUUGAGGACACAACAUCAACAAACCUUAAGAAAUCAAUUUCUGACAUCUUUGUUCAACACAAUAUUCAAAUCCACAACAUGAGAGGACAAGGGUAUGAUGGUGCAAGUAAUAUGCGUGGUGAAUGGAAUGGGCUUCAAGCAUUAUUUCUUAGAGACUGUUCAUAUGCCUAUUAUGUACAUUGUUUUGCUCAUCGUUUACAGUUAACAUUGGUUGUAGCUGCUAAGGAUGUGCCUUCUAUUUGGCAAUUCUUUUCUUAUUUGACUUCCAUUGUAAACUUCAUCACCUCGUCUCGUAAACGUCUUAGUGAUUUACAAUCUGCUCAACAAGAAGAGAUUGCAUAUAUGCUAGCUAUUGGUGAGUGUGAAUUUGGUACAGGAGCUAAUCAAAUUGGUACAUUGCAUAGACCUGGUGCUACUCGUUGGAGCUCUCAUUAUGAUUCUGUUAGGAACUUGAUAGACAUGCAUGCAGCAACUUGUAAGAUCCUUGGAAAUCUCAGUGAAAAUGGGCCAAAUGUUGAGCAUCAUUAUCACUAUGAUAUUUUUAAUGUUGCAAUAAAUUUUCAAGUGAUGGAACUAAAUUGUAGAUUCAGUGAGGCAACAAUGGAACUUCUUGCUCUUUGUUCAGCUUUGGAUCCUACUGAUUCAUUUAAAAGAUUUAAUAUGGGCGAUAUUUGCAAGCUUGCAUCAAAAUUUUAUCCGGCUAAUUUUACUCAACAAGAAAUUCAUGCUUUGAGAGUUGAAUUGGAACACUAUCAACUUGACAUAGUUUGUGAUCAUGAGUUUCAACAAAUUUCUACUCUUUCCGCUUUAUAUAGAGAAAUGAUUGUAACUAAAAAGGCUGAGAGUUAUGUUAUGAUUCAGAGAUUGAUUCGUCUUGUCUUGAUUCUUCCUGUAUCAACUGCAACUACAGAGAGAGCCUUUUCAUCCAUGAAAUUUCUCAAAACGGCACGUCACAACAAGAUGGAUGAUGAUUUACUUUCUGAUUGCAUGAUUCUCUACAUAGAACGACAAUUGUAUGAGAAAAUAGACUUGGAAUCAGUAAUAGAUGAGUUGUAUACUCUAAAAUCUCGUCGAGCAUAG